GAGCAGGUACAUCCACGCGUGUGCGUUUCCUCGGCAUUACCCUCUACCGCACAGAAAGCUCGCGUGCGCGGCUGCUCCUUUUUUCCACACGGGCGGGCUGCGGCGGAGAUUCCCCACCGGCGAGAUGUCGACGGACGGAUUAGAGGUCAACGGGGGCGGUGGAGGGAACAUCGCCGGAUGGACAAGUGCGGCGGCCCCGGUGGAAUCCCAAGAUUCGAUGAGUGCUGCAGCCCUGGAGCUCGAGAAGGACGAAGAAGCAGGCGUGGUUGAAGGUGGUCAGAGAUUCGAGGUGUGCUCUGAAGCUACAAGCGGCUGGACGAGGAGGGUGAGGCUUGGGAAAGCACCUGAUGAGAGAGACAUGAAUCCUGACAGAAAAACAGCACUUGAGCUCUCUGUCCGUGCUUAUGCUGAAAAAUGUCAAGGGCAUGUCGUCAAUCCGAAAAUUGGCACGGAAUUUGACUCGUUGGAUGAAGCAUAUGAGUUCUACAACCUAUAUUCAUGGGAAACAUGUUUUGGUAUACGACUCGCAAAGAGCAGGCUCAAUGUGCAGAGAACAAGGUGUAUGCAAGAGAUAGUUUGUGCCUGCGCGGGGUCACCGUUGAAGGAGAACAGCCGGUCUUCGAGGUGUGGUUGCAAUGCAAUGAUAAGGCUGCUCCGAUCAAAGGAUGCGGGUUGGUACAUAUCAGAGCACAAAGCAGGGCACAACCAUCCACUGUCCAUUACAUGUGGCCAGAAAAUGCAUUGAAAGUCGCACAGGCAUAUAGACAGAUGCACCAAGGAUCUUGUGAAGCAGCUUAGGGAUAAUAAUGUUGGCAUUGGGAAAGUUUUCAGCAUAGUGGGUAGUUUUUUCGGAUCCACAGAUAACGUGCCUUUUACCAAAAGGUCAUUGAAGACCUUGUGUAGAAAACUCAACAAAGAACAGUCAGAUUUUGAUGCCGUCAAAACAAUGAACCUGCUUGGUGAGAUGAAGGCAAACGAUCCAAACUUCAACUACACAGUGCAGGUCGAUGAAGAGAGCCGCAUAAAGACACUAAUGUGGGUGACAAGCAGUGGGUGCAACCAGUACAGGUGUUUUGGAGAUGCAAUAACUUUUGACACCACAUACCGAACAAACUUGUACGAUAUGCCCUUUGGUCUGUUCGUCGGCGUCAACAACCACUUCCAGAGCAUAAUUUUUGGGGGGGCGAUGAUGAGGGACGAUAAAGAGGAAACAUUCAAAUGGAUUUUCAAGGAGUUUGUUCGCAUGGUUGGUGGGAAACAUCCGCAGACAAUACUUACAGACCAGGCACGGUCCAUGGAACUGGCAAUUGAAGCCGAGCUCCCAAAUACUGUGCACCGGUGGUGCAAAUGGCAUGUUCUGAAAAAGGCUAAGGAGUCCAUGGGUGUACUUUGGAGCAAGAACAGCGAAUUCAAGCUGGAGUUCCACAAGCUUGUGCAUCACAUGAUCACGGAAGAAGAGUUUGAGGAUGGCUGGAGCCAGAUGUGGGAGAAGUACUCUUUGAAGAAACAUCCAUUUUUGACUCAGAUAUAUGAGGUCAGGCAUAAAUGGGCAAAGCCGUAUUUCCGAGGGGUGUUCUGUGCUCGGAUGACGAGCACUCAACGGAGCGAGAGCGCCAACCAUUUGUUGAAAGGUUACGUGCCUCCAGGGUGUCCAAUGCAUUUGUUUCUGAAGCAAUUCCAGAAAUUGCAAUUUGACAGAGAGGCAGAGGAGAGUUUCCAGGAGAAGAGGACAUCGCUAAGUGGUGUGUGUCUUCGGGUCAACCUUCCAAUUGAGAAGCAUGCUAGCAAAGUCUACACCAGAGCUAUGUUCGAAAAAUUCGGGGAAGAGUUGUACAAGUGUGGGGCACAUGUGUUGGAUGAGGUGGUGCCUGGGAGGAUUUAUAAGUCGACCCACGUAGAAGCGGCAAACAGGGAGAAAUGGAGCAAAGUUGAAUUCAAGAUAGAAGUGAAUGAAGACGCGAGUUUUUUCAGUUGCGAGUGUGGUUAUUUUGAACAUGCUGGGCUAGUGUGCUGCCAUGCAUUGCAGGUGAUGGUGCAUUUCCGAUUGCAAAAAAUACCACAGAAGCAUAUACUUAAAAGGUGGACGAGAGAGGCACGUGACAUUCUUCCUGAACAUUUGGUUAGGUAUCAAAGAGACCGAGGACCUCCAGCUAGUGAUACAUUCAGGCAUCACACCAUGUACAUGAAAGCUCUGGAGUGUGUCGUGCUUGGAGACAGCAAUGUUAAGUGCUAUGAUGUUUUCAUGGCUAUGAUGAAGGAGGUUCAUGCGACUCUGCUUCCACUUAGCGUUGAUAAAGAUGGAAUGGGGCUUGCAGAGAGAGAGAGGCAGGUUCAGGUUGUAGAUCAAAAGGGGCUUGGAUCAACGGAUGGCGAUGAUGUGCUGAAGAAACAUACCUGCGACGGCGAAUCCAGUUGCUCAGCUGUUGGGCUGUCUGAUAGGAAGAGGCAAAGGGGCAGGCCGACGACCAGCAGGGACAAGGCUCCUUACGAACAACACCUUAAGAGGUCACGUUUUUGCACGAUCUGCAGAGAGCAGGGCCACAAGUGUACAACUUGUCCCCAGAGAGGGGAUUUGCCAAAGGCUCCAAGGAAGUUGCCGAAAUGCACGAACUGUGGUGUGGUUGGACACAGGCGCAAUACUUGCGGGACUAAGAAGAGCGGCCCAUUUGAGCCAAACUUCCUAUAGGCAACCUGAAUUCUAUUUUGUACUGUGUUUUUCAGACUUUAUGUCAUGCAUGUUGUGAAAAGGACUAGGUGAUAUGGAUCAGUUGGUUAUGUGGUGUGCUCCAGGUAGGAACAUGCGAAAAAUGUUGCCGUUUUCAUGUUUUGAUUGUUGUA